GGGGCAGCUCUACCAAAGAAAAAGAAGGAGAUUACUCCUUGCUGCUGCUGAUGAUGACGAUGCUUCCACUUCUCCUCAACACAUUCAUCAAAUUCCCAGUCCAAUCAGUAAUGUACCCACAGAACCCACUGUACAACCAACUCCACCACCACCUGAAGCAUCGCAACAAACUUCCUUACAACCUGCUUCACAGUCUUCGCCACAGCAAUCCACACAGUCUGCAUCACAACAUCCUUCCACUUCUCCUCAACACAUUGUCCCUUCUGUCUCUAGCCCUCAACCAUCACCAUCCAACCCCUCCAAUUCCCAAACGUCAAACAAAGAAUCACAGAGGAUUGAAUUUGACAUUUCAAUCAACAACCAAUCCUCUCCAACAGAUGACAACACAAAAUCCCCUCAACCAGAAGUUCACCACAACCAAGGUAAAUAGAAAUACAAAUGUUACUGUUCGUUUGGGAAAAAAAAACUUCUCUUUAAGUAACUGGUAUUGUUCUCCAAUUUACAGGGAUGGACAUAAUACAGGACUCAUCUCCACGACCAAUGGGCAAGACAGAACUUGAAGGUCCUCAUGACUUUCCCCUGCUAGCAGAACCAGAGAAACACCCUCAAGGCGCUGAUGCUGCCAUCUCAUCAGUACCAGAAACAACUCGUCCUCAUGCGACAACCACAGCUGAACAAGGCCAACCGUCUGCGUGCACGUUAUCAGGACAGGCCGUCGGUCCAUGCCAGGAUAUUUGGGCCGAAGUUUCUAUUCUUCAACAAGAUCUAGACGAAAUAUCCCCAUUGCCUCAAAGGCUACAUCUGUUUGAUGCUGAAACUCAACAAACCUUAACCACCUUCAUCAACCUCAUUAACACCCCAGUUGAAGAAAUCAUUCUCCACAAACCUGAUGAAACCUUGGCCUGUCUUUCUGCUGUUGUAAACCUCUCCCCUAAUCCUUUCAACCCCAUUCAACUAAAGCAAUUGGCCAAGAUCAUCACAGAAUGGCCAACCCUUUCAGAGAUGGUUCAGACUUGCUCAAAGGAUAUUCAAACCAAAAAAGAUUUCCUAAACCAAGCCCACACCAUAUAUACUUCACUCAAACUCAACCACCAAACCUUUGCAGCCAUUCUUAAGCAACACUCAGCACUUGAACUUGAGAAAACCAAAUUCAUGGCAGAACUUGCCUCUGUCUGGCAAAGAAAGGCUCAUCUGCAGCAGCAACACGACCAGCUUAAUCAAGAAGCAAGGAUGAUGCUCUCCCAAAUUAGACAUCGUUCUGCAUCCAUUCAGACAACUAAAGCUGAGUUGGACCAAGCCCAAGCCAUGCUGGCAGAUGCUCAAUCAGAGUGGGGUGUGUUCUAG